GAACAACCCAGAUUUGUACGUCACUAAAGAGGAGGUUCCCGGCUGUAUGGAGGGGAGCGCCGUUAUUUUUCUUCCUCUCUCUCACUUCCGGCGGCCUAGUGCAGGAGUGGAUAAACGCAAGGCGCUAACCUUAAGUUUGAGACGAAUGAAGGGAAAGAACUCUUCUCUGUAAAUAGAAAAUUUACUGAGUGUGUGCCCAGUCUUCAUGAAAACCAACAGAGAAACAAAGCGCCUUUUUGUGGGUGGACUUGGCCAGAAUGUCUCUGAGGCAGACCUACAAAAUCAGUUCAGCAGAUUUGGAGAAGUUUCUGGUGUGGAGAUCAUCACUCGGAAAGAUGACCAAGGAAACCCCCAGAAAGUCUUUGCAUAUAUCAACAUCAGAAUAGCAGAAACAGACCUGAAAAAAUGUAUGUCUGUUCUAAAUAAAACAAAAUGGAAAGGUGGAACACUACAAAUUCAGCUAGCAAAAGAAAGUUUUUUGCACAGAUUGGCACAAGAGAGACAAGCAGCCAGAGCAAAAAAAGAAAAAUCAACAAUAGGCACCCCCAACUUGUUAGAAAAGAUGGGAGUGGUGGAUUUCCAUGUGAAAGCUGUGCCAGGGACAGAAGUACCAGGGCACAAAAAUUGGGUUGUGAGUAAAUUUGGAAGAGUCUUACCUGUCCUUCACCUAAAGAAUCAACAUAAACAUAAAAUCAUGAAAUAUGAUCCAUCAAAAUACUGCCACAACUUAAAGAAAAUAGGGGAGGAUUUCACAAAUGUCGUCCCUAUAGCUAACCUCACUUGGGAACUGGAAGGAGGUAAUGAUCCUAUGAGUAAGAAACGACGAGGAGAGUUUUCUGACUUUUACAGCCCUCCCAAGAAGAUAAUACAAGCGCAGAAGGAUGAGGGUUCCACUGUGUCUGUGGCUGUGAGACCAAGACCCAGUAGGGUACUAGUGGAGAGUCCACACAUGACACGGCAACAGGCCAUACAAGAAAUACCUAAUAACCCCCUUGCUCCUAAGUUACCUCAUGCACCUGAUUCUGAUAAUCGGAAAGUUAAACAUGCACUUUUUCAGACUUCUGGCCUGGAAACUACUAGGAACAAAAAUAGCAUGUCUGGUGAUGAUACUGAUUCUGAAGAUGAAUUAAGAUUAAUGAUUGCAAGAGAGGAAAACAGAGAGAGAACUACAUGGUCCUUAACAAAUGAGUCUGAAAAUGAUCCCUUUGAAGUUGUAAGGGAUGAUUUCAAAUCAGGUGUUCACAAAACUUGUUCUUUAACAGGUUUAGGCAUCAAAAAUAACAUCGCUUGCCUUGAUAGUGAAGAUAACAUGGGAAAUGAUUGCAACUAUGAUUCAGGAGAUACAGAUGAAAUCAUUGCAAUGAAAAAAAAUGUUGGUAAGGUCAAAAAUAGUACAGAAUUUUCACAAAUGGAAAAGCCCAUACAUAAGAAAACUUCUUUCAAAAAUAGGAAAAACUGUGAACUUUCUGAUCAUUAUAUUAAAGUGCCCCAAAAAACCAACAUAGAGCUAGCCAGCAGUCAUACAGUGAAGUGUCUUAGUCAUAAAUCUCUGUCUGACUCUAGUAGCAGUGAAGACAUUGAGUCUGUGUCAGAAUCAUCCGAGUCUGAGGAAGAUGAGUAUAAUGCCAUGAUGAAAAACUGUCUUUCUGUGACUCUCACUUUAGCUGAUUUGGGACAGUUGGCUGGCGGUGACCUGGAGGCUCCAAAAGAAGAUACUGAGAGUAAUGGCUGGGAAACCACCGCCAAGUGUCACAGAGCCUCCAAGAGCCUCCACAGGACUUCUGGUGGCCUCCACAGAGGUCGACAGUGUAUUCAUCCUGAGGAGAUUUUGGCUUCUCUUUUCAAGGGAGAAGAGAAUACCCCCGGAAAACAGAAACAAAAGGAAAACAACUUAAAGCCAAAAUUCCAGGCAUUCAAGGGAGUAGGCUGUCUCUAUGGGAAGAAAUCAGUGAAAAAAUCCUUGAAAGAGAGUGUUGCCUCUAACAAUAGUAAUAAAAAUCAGAAUUCCUUGAAACUUGAGGAUCCCACUAGUGUGUCCAUGGAAAUGGGGUUUCCAUAUGCUAAUGGCUCAUCAAGCAAACUGACUCCUUCCCAAUGUACAAAGAAAGCAGAUGACCCAAAUCAUAUCCGGCCUCAAAAGAGACAGUCCACUUCUGAGAACCAGGAUCACAAAGUGGUGUCGCUUGGCAGUUCAGAAAAGGGAAGUAGAAAUUCUGUUUCUAGUAUAUUGCCAUUAAAAGAUAAGAAAUCUUUAAGUCUUGGUGCAGAGACUCCCUUUGAUGAAGACUGUUGCCACAGGAGCACAAAGAUGGGAGAAGGCUCUGAAAAGAGGCCUGAUCUAAACAGCCACGUGGCCCCUGAGAAGUCAUCAGAGGUCUCCAGGAGACACUCUCGGGGAGGUGAAGCUGACGUCCCACGUUCUCUUGGUGGUUCAUCAGGUGUUAAUGCUGAGGACAGGCACGCUGACGAUAACCAGAAGCGUCUGGCAGCCUUAGCGGCGAGGCAGAAGGCAAAAGCACUGCAGAAGAAGCUGGUUCAUGAUGCUCUGGCAAAUCUGGAUGAUCAUCCAGAGGACAAGCCAACGCACAUCAUCUUUGGUUCCGACAGUGAAAGUGAGACAGUGGAGACAGCCACUUGGGAGCAAAGCCAUCUAGGAGAGAAAGCAGUGAAAGGGUCCUUGGCUACAGCGUCUGGGAAGCUGUUCGACAGCAGUGCUGAUGAGGAAUCUGAUUCUGAAGACGACAGUAGCAGGUUCAGGAUUAAACCUCAGUUUGAGGGUAGAUCUGGAAAGAAGCUCAUGGAUUUGCAGUCUCAUUUUGCCACUGAUGACAGAUUUCGCAUGGACUCCCGAUUUCUAGAAAGUGACAGUGAAGAGGAACAAGAAGAGGUAAAUGAGAAGAUGACCGCCGAGGAGGAAGAGCUUGCUGCAGAAAAGCUGAAAGCCCUGGGCGUUGUACAAAGUGUCCUGCGUGCCAGCCUACGAGGUCCUGCAAACAAAGGACCAGCAGCAGCUGCUAAGAAAUUCAAGGACAUCAUACACUAUGAUCCAACAAGGCAUGAUCAUGCCACUUAUGAAAGAAAACGAGAUGAUAAACCAAAAGAAAGUAAAGCAAAGCGAAAGAAGAAGAGAGAGGAAGCUGAGAAGCUACCUGAGGUGUCUAAAGAAAUGUAUUAUAACAUUGCUACGGAUUUAAAAGAAAUAUUCCAAACUAUAAAAGAUACCAGUGAAAAGGAAGAAAUGCCCUGGAAUGAGGACUGUGGUGGAGAGACAGCUGAGGAAGUCCAUGACCCUCCCACUCUGGUGACCGGGGCCCAGCAGCCUAGCGGGUUCACAUUCUCCUUUUUUGAUUCAGACGCCAGAGAUGCAAAGGAAGAGACAUACAGAGUUGAGACAGUGAAUCCUGCUAAGACGGCCUGGCAGAGAGCCCCUCGUUUCCAAGACAGCAGUUCAGAAGGGGAAGAUGUUACUGAAGAAACAGAUGACAGAGCGGCCAGCCCUGGAGGAGUGUCAUUACUGGAGAAAAAGACUACUAGAUUUUUCUUUUUCUGUAAGAAUGAUGAAAGACUUCAUGGCUUUGACUUAUUCUGGAGUGGAAUGGGAGGUAAUAUUAGCAGGAAUUCUUGGGAGGCCAGAACAAACAACUUGCGUAUGGAUUGUCGGAAGAAACAUAAAGAUGCCAAAAGGAGAGUGAAACCAAAAUAAAGUGUCAUUAUAGCUUUUGAUACUGAUUGUGAACAAGACUCACCUAUGGAAAUUGGAUAAACUAGAAAAUAUUUCUAGUGGACAAGAAGUCAGAGUGAAGGAGUAUACAAAAGCUGGCUGAUAUCAUUCUGGUUUCUAUCUUUUUCUGUGAUUUCCUGUAUUUCUUCCUUAGGACCAAUUACUUCAAAAAAUAUUAACCUGAACUUUUUUUUAAUAAAGCACAAAAUUGUCCCUCAAGAAAUACUUUUUGUAUAUAAUCUCUUUCCCUCCAUCCUCAAUAACUAAUGGCAUCUUCUGAUCCAAGAUUUACAUAAACCUUUUAAAUAUGAGUCAUAGCACUUGUGUUUUUCAAAUCAGGCUUUGUGUGAAUUAUAGGCUACCUAAAAUAUUUUUUUCUGAUUGUAUCAACUACAUCUUACCUCCACUUUGUGUUUUUUGUUUAAGAGGUUGAACACAAGUCAAACUUACUUCAGUUCUGUACUUGCAUUCUGAUGAAUAGCUAACUAAACUGCAGGAUAUUUUCCAGCAACAUCAUGGGAGAGUUCUGUGAGGACCAGAAAGGGAUGCAAAAUACAGAGUUUUCCUGUCCUUGGCCUCCAGGAAUUGAUAGAUGCAGGCUCAUCAAUCCCAAAAUUCUACUUAAACCAGAGAUUUAUGAAAAGUACAAGUGCCUGAAAGGUAUGUAGAUAGUCAGGAGUCCUAUAUGGACCCUAAGUCCAUAUAGGAAAGCAGAUUUAAUACCUUGUUAAAUCAACCUGACUGGAUGAAAGAUAAACCUCUUAUGAAACUGGGAUCUGUACAAAAAAAAUCUGUAUAAAAUGCAUUAUAUAGACAAUCCCAAGGGAUUGUCAUUGAGCCAUAAAGUGUACAUCUGACAUUAAGAAUUUAUUGGUUUACAUCUUGAUUGAAUAUCCACUUAAUGAGGGCUGGAAUGUCUUCUGGUUAAUGAUUAAGUCCCCACCAGCUAGAACCGUGUCUAGCACAUAAUGGGUCCUCAGUACAUAAAUUUUUUAAUAAACAAGGUCCAAGGAACUGAGUUGCUGAAGAGUCAUUCCUGUGUUUCUCAGACUUCAGGGAGAAUGGAAACAGUCACUUUAGCAAGAUAAAUAAUCCAAAUGUUCCACCUUCUCAUGUUGUGUUACAGUUAUACCUUCUUAUCUCUUGCUGUAUAAUAAGUCAUCCCAUUCACAAUCAUUUAUUUUGCUCACAAAUAAGCAGUUGUUCAGGACUCAAUGGGAACUGCUCAUUUCUAUUCCAUGUAGUGUCACUGGACAGGCUCAGCUGGAGCUAGUGGAUCCACUUCUAAGAUGGCACACUCACUCAGUGCCUGUGGGUUUCCUUACGGUAGGGACACUAGGCUUCAGGAGCAGGAAGCAAAAGCUGCCAGUCUCUUAAAGCCUAGCCCAGCAAUCGGCUCAGAGUCAUUUCCACUAUAUAGGUCAAAACAACAGAGCCCACCUAAACUCAAAAGAAGGGGACAUAGGGAGGUUGGAGGAUGGGGGAGAAGGUGAAGGGAUUAGAAAGUACAAAUUGGUAGU